CGGCUUGGAUACGGUGACGAUUUAUCUUCAGCUCAGUGGCUAUGCGAAGGGACAGUGAUCAGUGAAAGGUUCAUAUUGACAUCUGCACACUGUACCAACGCUGGUGUAUUCGGUACAAUGGCGUUUGCAUCGCUCGGUCUUCACAACAAGGACCGACCGGAAUAUUGGAACACAUACAAGAUCAAGAAGAUCAUUGUCCAUCCCAAUUACAACGAACCUUCGUGGUACAAUGAUAUAGCUCUUUUGGAGACAGAAACUGAGAUAAUGUUCGACAGUAAAAUUUUACCAGCGUGUUUGGAUGUUGAUAUUCAUAAUAAAAGAGAAGCAGAAGCAGCUGGAUUGCGAAGUCACGUCAUUGAUAACAAGUUAUUAGAGAGGUCGAAGAUGCAACCGAUAUUGUUAAAGGAAUUGGAUACGAUAGACUGUCUCCUCGCAUACAAGCGUGCCAACAACCUCAUGCAUGGGUUUGAUUCUAAGUUACAAAUGUGCUAUGGAAGGCAAAAUGUCUCCGAAGAAACUUGCAAGCGUUUCAGCGGCAGUCCUUUGCAGUUAGACCACUACAGAUGUCAGUACACAGUGAUCGGUGUCACUGCCCACACCGGGACUUGUGGUAGACCCGAUGUACCGGAGUUCUUCACCAAGAUACGGAACUACGUGCCUUGGAUAGAAAGCAUCGUCUGGCCAGGAGAAGACUGAAUAUUUUUAUCAUAAUAUAAUACCUCUAAUUUAGUUGGUAAACUUUGUUUCAUUUCACUAGGUCCAAAGCAAGUAGGCUGUGUGGGUUUUUCUUAUGUUAACGUGAUCACAACGUUAUCGUAUUUUUUUAUAAAGAAAGAAAGAAAGAAAUCACUUAUUUGCUAAUAAUAUAGGUA